AUGUCGAGGAGCAGACUUACUGGGGUGGUUCAAAAACGCCAGACAGCAGAAUACACCCAUGGACGGCAGGAGCAUGAGGGCAAAGGCAAGAUCGGCGUCUCCAGCACCGAGUUCGACUGCUCCGGCGGCUGGUUGGAGCGAUUGAAGAAUCAGCAUGGCCUGUCUAUGAAGAAAAUCAACGGAGAAGCCAACUAUGUAGACAAGACCGACGCAGCGUACACCAUGUUGCAGUCCAGGCUACAGACCAUCCUAGAGAGUGACGCUGCCGACGACAUUUUGAACGCCGACGAGACAGCCAUUUUCUACAGGGCACUGCAAGACUUUAGAGUUUAA